UUUAUAUUAGGGUGGAUUCAUAAAAAUACGACAGUGGAGCCUGGGACAAUCCAUUACUGUGAUUGAGCAGGGACCAAUAGAAAGGGAGGAAGAAGAUCCAAGAAGAUUGAGCAAACUUCAGAUCCAGAUACAGGACUCAACGGUAUAUUCCUGGACAGCAAGGUACUAUAAUGGCAACCACAAUCCGUUUCAUCAUCUGGGUAUUAUUCAUAACAGAUACUGCAUGGACUCGAAGUGUGAGACAGGUCUAUGAGGUAAAUGAGCCAGAGGAUUGGACUAUGCAUGACUUCGAUUGUCCCAGAGAGUGUUUCUGCCCCCCCAGUUUCCCUACUGCUUUAUACUGUGAAAAUCGAGGUCUCAAAGAAAUCCCUGCUAUUCCUUCAAGGAUCUGGUAUCUUUAUCUUGAGAACAACCUGAUAGAAACCAUUCCUGAGAAGCCAUUCGAGAAUGCCACCCAGCUGAGAUGGAUAAAUUUAAACAAGAACAAAAUCACCAACUAUGGAAUUGAAAAAGGAGCCCUGAGCCAACUAAAGAAGCUGCUUUUCUUAUUUCUGGAAGAUAAUGAGCUAGAGGAGGUACCUUCUCCAUUGCCAAGAAGUUUAGAACAAUUACAAUUAGCUAGAAACAAGGUGUCCAGAAUUCCUCAAGGGACCUUCAGCAAUCUAGAGAAUCUGACCCUUCUUGACCUGCAGCACAAUAAAUUAUUAGACAAUGCCUUUCAAAGAGACACCUUUAAGGGACUCAAGAACCUCAUGCAGCUAAAUAUGGCCAAAAAUGCCCUGAGGAACAUGCCACCAAGAUUACCAGCCAAUACAAUGCAACUAUAUUUAGACAACAAUUCUAUUGAAGGAAUACCAGAGAAUUAUUUUAAUGUGAUUCCUAAAGUGGCCUUCCUGAGGCUAAACCACAACAAAUUAUCAGAUGCAGGCCUCCCUUCAAGUGGUUUUAAUGUGUCAUCAAUUCUAGAUCUUCAACUGUCGCACAAUCAGCUCACAAAGGUUCCCCGAAUCAGUGCUCAUCUGCAGCAUCUUCACCUUGAUCAUAACAAAAUUAAAAAUGUGAAUGUCUCCGUAAUAUGUCCUACCACUACUACACUGCCUGCAGAGCAAGACAUCUUCAGUUAUGGACCUCAUCUUCGCUAUCUCCGUCUGGAUGGAAAUGAAAUCAAACCACCAAUCCCAAUGGAUUUAAUGACCUGCUUCAGGCUCCUUCAAGCUGUCGUUAUUUAAACACAUCUUCAACAAUCUAAAAUUGGUUUAAUGAGCUAAUAUUUCAGACAUGAAAUUUGGUUACCAUUCAUAAGUUUAAGUCAAAAACCACAUUUCCAAUUGUUCUUGGUCAUCACUUUCAUUUGUGCAGCUUAGUUUUUCUAUCCAAAGAUGCUUCCGCCACUUAUAUGUAGCAUAGCCUGCUUUUCUUUAAUUAAUAAAACAGACACAGAGUUAAGAUAGUUUAUCAACUCAAAGAUAGUUUUUUUGGUCUCUUUCACAGCUUACUAAUACCAAAUAAAGGAACUGCAUUGUUAUGCGAUAGAAAACACGUAUUUGUUUAUGUUCAAAAUUACUUAUGCAUAUACUAUAUUUACAGUAUAAAUACAGUAAUCUAAUAGGAGGCAGUAAGAUCUGAAGAAAAUGAAAAAAUGAGAUAUUUCUUUACCAUAAUUAUAAAGAAAUUAUUAAAUUCAGAUUGCUAAGUAGCUUUUGUAGGUAUAAGUUUGCUAUUUAGUUCAAGAACGGAUAUGAAAUGCAUCAAAUACUUUAUAACAAUAGAGUUCUAGUCAUUUAAUACCAAAUAACAGAGCAACAGUCAGUUUUAGAUCAUUACUAUUUCCUACAGCUGCUGUUCCUAGAUAUAGUGCAAUGUACUCUAGCAACUAAACAUCUUAAGUUUCACAUUUAUUAUAACAUAUUUCUAACAGAAUCUUAGUGUUUUAACACUUGAAAUACACUUGAAUUGCAAAUUAUUCAGCUCUUAUAUUUGCCAAUGUUUUUUGGAUUUUUUAAAUAAAAAGAGUGAAUGCUUUCUAAUAAAACAGAAGUAGAAUAUUUAUUUCUAAUGCAUUAUUCGCAAGU